AUGUCGGUGGGCCUUUCGUUCAAGGACCCCAGGGGCGUACAGAUCUUGCACAAGCUGGCUUCGGAAUGCGAUGUGCUGGUUGAAAACUAUAUCCCUGGCUCCCUCAAGCAGUACGACCUCGACUUCAAAAGCAUCAACAAGAUCAAUCCGAGGCUGGUAUACACCAGCAUCACUGGGUACGGCCAGACGGGCCCUUAUCGUAAGCGUGCGGGCUACGAUGUGAUGGUAGAAGCGGAGAUGGGAUUGAUGCACAUCACCGGAUCGAGGGAUGGGCCGCCUGUCAAGGUUGGUGUUGCGGUAACGGACCUGACCACAGGGUUAUAUGCUACGCAUUCCAUUCUUGCAGCUUUAUUUCUGAGACAAAGAACGGGAAGGGGACAGCACAUUGACGUCGCCCUGUCCGACUGUCAAGUUGCCACGCUUGCUAAUAUUGGCAGCUCGGUUUUGAUCAGUGGCGAGAAAGAUUCUGGAAGGUGGGGGACGGCGCAUCCUUCAAUUGUGCCAUAUCGAGGAUUUCGAACGUUGGACGGAGAUCUGAUGCUUGGAGGAGGAAACGACCGUCUAUUCGGGAUACUUUGUGAACGGCUAGGGUUUCCCCAUUGGGCCACUGAUUCGCGGUUUGCUUCCAACAGCAGUCGUGUUGCUAACAGAGCCGUGCUAGAGUCUCUCAUUGAGGAAGUAACCAUGACAAAAACAACAAAGGAGUGGCUUGAUAUCCUCGAGAAUAGCGGCAUGGCUUAUGCUGCUAUUAACGAUGUGAAGAGUACGCUGGAACAUGAGCACGGUAGGUUCUUCAGUGUCCCUGAGGGAAGCAAGGACCCAGUCUGCUAA